AUGUUUAAUUUAUACGAUUCUUGUUUGGAUAUUGCUAAUAGAUUAAAGACUGGAAGUUCUCUUCUGCUACAAAAAAUGAAAAAGCUUAAACAAAAAAGGGAUAUGAGGUAUAUUACUGACUGGCUAAUUAACGUUUGGCCAGUCAAUUUAUUUUACCAAAUUAGUGUUGGACCUGAUAUGAGAAACACUUCUAGAAAUAUAAUUACUGUAUGUUUUUCUGUUUAUUUAAAUGAGUUUGUUUCAAAUUGA